UACACAUGUGCGUAAAUGAUUAUGUCACAUCCUUGCACCAUGGGGACAGAACACAGAGUUCAGCAGAGGUCGAAGGAAUGGUUUGAGCUCAGAAGGAAAGUCCUGCUGACUGCCUCCGUCUUCUGUGAGGCAGUCGGAAUUGGCAAGGGAAAGCCCUACGACUUCUUUAUGCAUCUGCUUCAGGACGUCAACGAAGAAGAACCUGAGGUUCAAAAUCGUUUCACGGAGCAUGGUAUCGCCAUGGAAGAAAUCAUGAAGGAACUUUAUGUGCUCUUGUCCGGCAGCAGAAUCCGCGAUUCUGGAUUCUGGACUCCACACAAGGACAGCUGUCUGAAGUAUCUCAUCGGAGCAUCUCCCGAUGGAAUCGUGUAUGAUGACGGCGAGGCGAGUCCACCUUUGGGACUGGUCGAGUUUAAAGCGCCCGUCUACAAGAUGUAUUCGGGCAACAGGUUGAUAGGAGGGAUACCCAGACACUAUAUGACACAGGUUCAAGGUCAGAUGGCAGUAUGCGGUGCCCCGUGGUGUGACUUUCUAGCUGUUUGCAAAAACACCAAGGAGAUUGUUUUGAAACGGGUUUUCUUUCAUCCUGGAUAUUGGUCGAACAUUUCUCAUACACUGAAACUCUUUUGCCAUGCACUUCAGGUAUUAGCAGAUACAUGCAUUUAG